AUGAGCAUCCAAGUUUCUACAGGAACCGCGUCCAACACAGCUCUCUGCACCGAUUUCAUCGCCGCGAAAGUCAUGGCAGGAGAGGAGUCCAAUACAGCUACCAAACCAGAUUCUUUUGCUGCCAGACCAAGAGCACGCAUCUUUCCCUACACAGCAGUUCCCUGCACACGCCUCGGUGACUUCUUGGCCUGUACCUUCGACAAAGCCUUCAAAAAACCUAUUCUCGCAUUCCCCCAAGUUGUUGCAUCCUUCAAGCUUCUUCACGUUCGUUGCGAUAGAGCUGUGACAUGCUUGGUAAUUAUUGCAACUGUCAUUGCCGAUCUCAUGUCCCGCGAAUCCAGAGCAUGCGUCCUCGUCAGUGCAGCUGUUGUCGCCGAUUUGUGUCCCCGCAAAGUUAUGGCAGGCUCGAACACCAUUGCAGCUGUUCUUCCCGAUAGAAUCACCGUCAAAGAUUCCCGUUGCAAGCCCUUGUAA